AUGCGUCUCACCUACGUGUUUUGGGUGCUGUUUACAGCAGUGGCCUCUAUACCGUUUUUUGAGCAGCUUGAUACAGAGUUAAGAUAUUGGUUUUAUCUUUACUGGCAAAGAGAUGUGUUAUGGGAGCCGGCAUUCGGGCCUAUAUCAGAACGACUGCUGGCGAUGGAACGAAAUGGCACGUUGAGGGGACCCAAGGUGUAUAUACCCAACCCAGGCUUUGAACUAAACAUGGGAAAGCCUUGGAAGUUGGUUGGAAACGGCGUCGAAGUUGCGAAGAAUGUCUCUCUUUCUCGUAGAGGAAGAAACUCCCUCUUGUUUACAAUCAGCGAUCCAGUACAACGACCCGAGGUCUAUUCUGUAAACCUCAAAAACCUCAAAGACCAUCGGGUCUAUUAUCUCACGUUCAACUACCGCUUUGUCGAAAUGAAAGGGGUCACCAAGAAAACCCCCUGCUUCAUCGCUAUUACUCUAGGCGACAUGAUCGUGACAUAUCCCAUAUUCGCAAAAGCGGGACAACAUCCUCACAUACUUCGUCACGAACACAUGCGCUACCAAAGUAUCACGGUGCCCAUGUACUCCAAGGUCAGCAUUUCUCCUCUCGUUAUCGCAGUAUUCUGUAGCACCCGCCUUCGCACUGGGGAUAUUGCUAGGGUAUCAAUCGAUGACAUACGUCUUGAGAAGGGUGAGGGCGAGCUUUCAAGCUGGGAGUUUGAUCUGCCUCGGGAAAAAUAUCAGUAUUGGCUGCGCGAUAAUUAUCAUCAGGAAUUCCAGAAGAAAGAUGCCAAGUGGUACGGCAACUCUUAUAGUCCUGGAUGGCCAGUCAACUGCAGAGAGGAGACGUUUGAUGGAUGGAAAUGCAAGGUGGCGGGUUAUGACUAUCGACGUCAAGAUCUUUGGGAUGAGGGUUACGGUGACUAUUGGCCACUUAAUGAGCAACCAGGCCGUAGUGUCACGGAUAUUUGA